CGUAAAAAUACAAUUUUCGACUUUAGUCAACCUCAACUCCGCGACCACGAAAAGCUCAAUUCGGGAGCUUCGCAUUGCGCAAUCUUCUUUACUAACUACGAAACAGCCAAACCCUUUCCGAAAAAUAAUACAACAUGGCUGACCGAGGCGGUGCUCGUGGCGGCGGAUUUGGAUCUCGAGGUGACCGAGGCGGCGAUCGCGGUCGUGGUCGUGGCAGAGGCCGUGGCCGUCGUGGUGGUGCGAAGGACAGCGAAAAGGAGUGGAUGCCUGUCACCAAGCUUGGCCGUCUCGUGAAGGCUGGCAAGAUCAAGAGCAUGGAGGAGAUCUACCUACACUCUCUACCCAUCAAGGAGUACCAGAUUGUCGACUUCUUCCUACCCAAGCUAAAGGAUGAGGUCAUGAAGAUCAAGCCCGUCCAGAAGCAGACCCGUGCUGGUCAGCGAACCCGAUUUAAGGCCAUCGUCAUCAUUGGUGACUCCGAAGGUCACGUUGGUCUUGGCAUCAAGACCUCCAAGGAAGUCGCUACUGCCAUCCGCGCCGCGAUUAUCAUCGCCAAGCUUAGCGUCAUCCCCGUCCGACGUGGUUACUGGGGUACCAACCUUGGUCUCCCUCACUCUCUGCCCGUCAAGGAGAGCGGAAAGUGUGGUUCCGUCACUGUCCGACUUAUCCCUGCUCCUCGUGGUACCCAGAUUGUUGCGUCUCCUGCCGUCAAGCGUCUCUUGCAACUUGCCGGUAUUGAGGACGCCUACACCUCCUCAUCCGGUUCCACCAAGACCCUGGAGAACACCCUAAAGGCCACCUUCGCUGCUAUCUCCAACAGCUACGGAUUCUUGACGCCCAACCUGUGGUCCGAGACGAAAUUGAUCCGAAGCCCGUUGGAGGAAUACGCGGAUACUCUCCGGGAAGGAAAGAGAUACUAAAUGCAGAAUUCUGGGCAUUCGGCGUGGAUUCGUUCUUGAUUUCUAAUUGCAUCGGUGCCAGGUAGGCAGGCAUCAGACUAGGGCAGCAAAAAUGGCAGCUUCAUUCUGACAAUGAACAAUUAACUUGACUUCAUGCAUUGUGCAACUCAGGGUAUUACCGAUAAUACAUUGUCCCUACG